GCCCUCCUGUCCCCGCCCCGCCGGCGUGGCUGCCGCGGCCGCGCAUUGUACGCCAGCCGCUGCCCCAGGCGGAGCUCGGGGAGUGGCUGCGGCAGCUCAGCACCCCUGACCCUCUGGGGCUGGGCCUCGUCUCUGGCUCUUCUCUCGGGUGCACCGUCUGAGGCUGACGAGCUGACUUUUUUGUAAGGGCCUGACUUUUUUCAACCAGUUUAUAUCACCUGUCAAGAAUUUUCAUGUUGGCUCUUGGACACUUGAUGCAGAGUCUCCCCUGUUUACUAUUCAGUCCUGUUUUCUUCUUCCUUUAGCAGGUUGAAGUUCAUGAGUUCGCCCAGCCUCAGUGAUCUGGGCAAGAGAGAGCAGGCAGCCUUGGAUGAACGGGGGACCCAGCAGCGCCGGGCCUGCUCCAACGCUACCUGGAACAGUAUCCACAAUGGAGUGAUAGCAGUAUUCCAGCGUAAGGGUCUCCCAGACCAUGAACUUUACAACCUCAAUGAAGGAGUCAGGCAAUUACUGAAAACAGAACUGGGAUCCUUUUUCACUGAGUAUCUGCAGAAUCAGCUGCUCACAAAAGGCAUGGUGAUCCUAAGGGACAAGAUCCGGUUUUAUGAAGGGCAGAAACUACUGGAUACCUUAGCUGAAACGUGGGAUUUUUUCUUCAGUGAUGUCCUUCCCAUGCUGCAGGCUAUUUUCUAUCCUGUGCAGGGAAAGGAGCCCUCGGUUCGGCAAUUGGCUCUUCUGCAUUUUAGGAAUAUAAUUACCCUCAAUAUAAAAUUGGAAGAUGCAUUAUCCCGUUCCAGAGCCAGAGUUCCACCAUCUAUUAUUCAGAUGCUGUUAAUACUUCAGGGGGUUCAUGAGUCGAAAGGUGUGACUGAAGAUUAUUUGAAACUGGAAUCCCUGAUCCAGAAAGUUGUUUCUCCUUACUUGGGCACAUACGGUCUGUAUUCCAGUGAUGGACCCUUCACGCACUCUGCCUGCAUCUUGGAGAAGCGGUUCUUCAGGCGUUCGAAGUCGGGUGACAUCCUUGCCAAGAACCCUGUGGUGCGUUCGAAGAGCUACAACAAUCCACUGCUGACGCCAGUGGCUGAGUAUGAAACUGAGGGCAUGGCUGCCAAUGGAACCGGCAUCCGAAGGCACUCUGUCUCAGAAAUGACCUCCUGCCUGGAGCUCCAGGGGUACUCCAACCUCACCACCAUCAUGGACAACGGUUCCAAGAGCUCCAUGACAACCAUGAAAAGCUCACUGCCAGGAGACCAGGAGAGGCCCAGCACCGGGUCUGUGCAGUGCUCCAGCAAACUCAGCACAGCUGAGCAACAGAAAGGACUCUUCCACUCAAUGGGCGACCCACACAGGUCUUUUGACCUAGACAGAGACAAUUCCUUGAUUCCAGUUCCCUCUUCCAGCCCUGAGAACAUAGUGGAUCAGAUUUUGGAGUCGAUUGAUUCUGAAGGCAUUUUCAUUGAUUUUGGCCGAGGCUGUUCCAAUUCAUCAGUGUACAGUGUGGAUGUGAACAGACGGAGCAUCGUGUGAAGCAUAUUAGGAGACAAACCGUGGGUUUUAAUAUUAUAUAUGAAAGUUAUGAAGGUAGUGAGUUGGACUGUGGGCAAGCUGUGUAUGCCUGGGCAGAACCUCUGCCAGUACUGAACUGGCAUAGUUGUACUGAACAAACACAAGCCUACAGCAGGUGGGAAUCUGCUGAGGGGGAAGCAACUCCAACCACUUUUCCCCAUCCCUGUCACCCUGCAGAUGGAUUUCCUAUUUCUUUAUAAACUUAGGAGUUCAUAAACUGACAAGUGUCUGGUAAAAUGCUACUAGUGCAGCUUGUGGUGUUUGUUCAGUGAAACAGCCCAGCAAAUAGCUGUGCUCUCUUCUAAUUUUCUAAAGAGAUUUCUUGCAGAUGACAGGUUGUUCUCUGAACUGUAACACCUCAGCUGGAGUAGAAACAUAUCCUUAAACAAACAAACAAACAAAUACAAAAGGCUGUGGGCUUUCAUGCCACAGAAUACAAUAAUAAAGAAGUCUCUUUUAAUCUUUUUCUUGUACAUCCUGUAUGCACUCCUUUGCCUAACAGUGAGUUAGAGUUCUUGAAGAAAGGUGAAUAAACAGAAAUAUGCGUCCUGAUGUCA